AUGAGAAGGGCACAAACAAUAUUUGCAUUUUAUUUUUUAUUAAUUUUUUGUUAUUUACUAAAAUUGAGCACAGUGAAUGUAUUUUGUGAAAUUAUAAAUGGUGAAGAUGUAUAUUUGAGUACACUAAGAAAUCAAAAUUUCAGUGAAGAAUUUAUAAAACUAUUUGAAAACAAAGAUGUACGAAUAACAAUAGAAAAAUUUAUUACCGAAGAACAAGUUAAAUAUUAUAUUAGUAGAACAAGAAAAAGUGAUCAUAAUAUUAUUAAAACGGUUGAGAAAUUAUUGCUUAGAGAAUUUCCUUCAACUAUUGGAACUAAAGAAAAUAUUAUAAAAAAUGAAUUAUUAAAAUUUUUAAGCAUUAUACUUACGAAACAAGAAGAUGUUGUGAAGAGUUUUUUUUCUAAUUUUUCAAAAAAUUCAUUAGAUAUUGGUGUAAAAUAUCGUCAUUUUGAAAAUAGAUUCUUAGAUGAGUAUGAAAAUAUAGAAAAAUUAAAAAAAUUAUAUUUCGCUACAUUUAACCAGGUUUCUGAAGCAUUAGAGAGCACCAAAACUAGUGAGGACAAUAAAAGUAGUGUUUACUUUAUUGAUAUUAAGGACAUAAUUUUUUCAAAUAUAGAAUCUCUGAAGGAAACUCUGGCAAAAUUGAGAAGUGAAGUUGUUGCAUUGUAUAAUAUAAACUACGAGUUGAAUGAAUUUAAAAAUGAUGUUGAUUCGUAUAUAUCUAAUUAUAGAAGCUCACAGAGGGAUGAAGCAAACGUCAUUAAUGGUGACGACCCCCAAGGUGAUAAAGAAAAUGAUGUGAUUAUGUUAAAAUUGGUAGAUGAUGUAUCUUCGAAAUUGAUGUUUAGCUUAAGAACCAAAAUUUCGAGCACAAGGGAUGAACUACAAAAACGGCUAGUUGCCUUAGAAAAGGAAUUAAUAGACUUAUCAAAUGAAAUAACACGCUUAGAAAUUCAGCAGAAUGUGCCAAAAUUGGCUAUUGUAAAAAAUAAUAACUUUCUAAAUAUAGAUAGUAUACGAAAUGAAUAUGAGGAAUACGUGAGGAAGGCAAAUUUGAGUCUCAAUAUAAAUCAGAAUUAUACUGAUGAGGAGGAGAAGGACAAUGACAGUGAGGACAAGGAUGAAGAGAAGAAUGAAAUCGGAAGCACAUAUAAGAAUAAGAAUAAAAAAGGAAAAGAAAGUGAAGGUGAUGUUUUUGAAAAAACCUUGUUACUACUUGAGAGACAUUCUAAAUGGGUAAAAGAACAAGAUGCCUUUACCUACUGUGAAAGGAAUGAUAUAGCAGAGGUUUUGGAGAUAUGUCUGAACUUAGUAGAGAAGCUAAAAGAUUUGGUUGUUCAUGAAAACUUUAAUUUAUUAAUGAAAUAUGAGAAUUUGUACAAAGAAUUAAAUAAAUUUUUGUAUCAUUCUAAAAGUAGCAUUAUGGAUGUUUCUUAUAUCAAAGCAUGGCAUGCCAUUGAAAAUUAUAAAGGAACUGAAAUUUUGAUACAUGGGGUGGAUAGACUAUUGAAUAUGAUUUCUGUUUUAACACAAAUGAUUAACAUUUUUAAAGAUGUAAAUAAGAAUAUGAAUCCAGAUGUAUUUUUUGACCUGAACAGAUUAAGCAAUGGAUUUCUAAAUGCAUCGAAAAAAGUAACACUUUUUAAGGUGGAACUAGCCAAAUUAAUGCACCCAUCACGAAGUUUACAAAUUAUAAAAAAUAAUAUAGAAAAGUUUGGACAUGUGUAUAAGGACAAAAUUACCGAAAUGAAAGUGAUAAUAAACUCUUUUGGCAUCGCAUCUGAUAAUAUGCAAACAGAAAUUGACGAAUUGCUCAAAACAGUCAGUGAUAUAAUUCAAGCUGAUAAUUUAAUAAAUGAAUUUAAAAAGGUUAGAAAUGUAUGGAAAAGGUAUGUAAAACAUACUUUGAAGAAUAUGAAUGUGAAGAAGAGCCAGCUAAUUAAAGCAUAUGGAGAAAAUAAAAAUGUGAUUUUCCCACCUGAAAUGACAUUAUCCGGAUUUCAACAAACCAACGAAGGAGAUCAUAUUGGAGCUAAUGGAGGAAUGGAUGACACAGAUGCUAGUGAAUAUAUUUCUUUUAAUAGGAACAUUUUUGCAUCAGAUUAUUUUACAAAAUUACAAAGUAUUGUUAUCAAUAAAUUCGAUUCGUUAAACAAUGAAAUGGAGAUGAAAAAACUUUUUUCUGUCAUAUACAGAUCUAUAGAUAUUAUCAUUUACAUAAUUAAGGAUAAUAGGAAACAAAUGAAAAUAAAAUACAACAAAAAACGGAAUGAUAUUAUUAAUUUAAUUAAUUACAGAAAGGAUGUAAGAAUUGAAAUGAGUCAUGUGUAUGACAAAUUAGUUGAACUUGAAGGUGAUCUGGUUAAUAAUUUACAAAAAUUAUUUAUAAAUAAAGUAAACUUAAACCAACAAAUAGAACAUUCCGUUAAAAAAACCAAGGAUGAGUACUUCAAGGACAAGGCACCUCUACAUUGUAAGUUGGUUGAAGAGUUUAUUACAAAGUAUUUCCUCACCAUUACAAGAUGGAAAAAUUUCAUAAACCGUAACAGAAAAUAUUUUCCUCCUACGUUAAUAUGGAAUGAUGAGAAUUCUUAG